AUGUCGUACAUUACUGUCGCUCUCUCCGUUCUGCUUCUUCUUCAUUCGUCAACUGGUCAUGGACACAGUGGACAUAGUGGUGGUCAUCAUGGUGGAGGAGGGGGUGGCCAUCAUCAUAGUGGCGGCGGAGGACAUCAUCAUGGACAUCAUCACGGUGGAUGGGGAGGCCAUCACCAUCACUAUUAUGGAGGAGGCGGUGGAGGUGGAGGUGGACGUUACGACGGUUACUAUGGAGGAUAUGGUGGAGGACUUGGCGGUCUAGGAGGUUUACUCGGACUUCUUGGCCUUGGGGGAUCUUCAUACAGUAGCUACAGUAGUUAUUACCCCAAUUAUUACUCUGGAAAUUAUUACGGAAACAAUGGGUAUUACAACUACGGGAACACAGGAAGCAGUUAUGGAACCAACUACUAUUAUUAUUGUGGAACUCAGUACGCUUACUUGUAUCCCCAAUGCAAUCAACAGCAGAGCACUUCCAACUACUACAGUUACUACUAUUGCCAAACUCAAUAUGCCUACCUGUACCCACAAUGUAAUCAACAGCAAAGUAACAACAAUUACUACAGUUAUUACUACUCAGGAAAAAAGUAA